AUGUACUUCGCAGCCAGCCUCUUUGUUACCGAAACUUUGUUGAGAAUCUCCCGCUGUUCCUCCUCAAGCUUGGUAAUGCGUGUUGUGAGAUUCAGAUGGACUAUCGCAAUGGUAGCAGUGAGGAGAGUUUCAGCUGCUGAGGGCCUGGUGAUGAGAGAAAUGUUGUUGAUGGAAAUAGCUGAGCAAGGCUACUCUUCCUUGAUGGGGAUCAGUCUGUGUCACUUAAAAGUACUCAAAUCGGGUGAAGCUCUCGGACUUGCCCCUCUAAAGAAAAGGCACAGGAGUCGUCGUUCCUACGAGAUUCCACGACCUUGCCAGGAUAGGCAGGACUUUGGUUCUGAUGAAUCCGCGCACGAGUUCCGGAAGACGAUCGAAUCCUUGCUGGAGCGUGUCAAAUGCCUGGAGGAGGCUAGGAUUCGAGACAGAGAGGAAUUGACAAGGGUUGAACCGAAAGGCAACGUUGAAGUAAUGGAACUCGAUGAAGAAUUCAUGUACCACAUGGCUCUCAUUGACGAGCUGUAUGAUGAAAUCAAACCUCUUCAGAUGGAAAUGGGGAGACAGAGGAUGAAAAUUGAGCAGCUCAUGGAGCGCGGGGCUCAGGAGGAGAGCGCGAAGCAGCAAUGCAUUCAAGCGAUGAGAGAUGGAAUUAAAAUGCUUGAGAACGCCUAG